AUGCCUCCAUCAUUAAACCAUGAAGGGCAUUUGUGUAUUGAUAGUAGUUCUGUGCGUCUACCUAUCCCUGGUUUCGCCUAUGUUGGGUCAAUCCACCACGACACGACGGCAAACGACAACGAGCAGGCGGAUUACCACCACGACACGACGACCAACGACAACGAGUGGACGGCUAACCAUCACGACACCACGGCCAACGACAACGAGCAGGCGGAUUACCACCACGACACGACGACCAACGACAACGAGUGGACGGCUUAUCACCACGACACCACGGCCAACGACAACGAGUGGACGGCUUACCACCACUACACGACGGCCAACGACAACGAGCAGGCAGAUUACCACCAGGACACGACGACCAAUGACAACGAGUGGACGGCUUACCAUCACGACACCACGGCCAACGACAACGAGCAGGCGGAUAACCACCACGACACGACGACCAACGACAACGAGUGGACGGCUUAUCACCACGACACCACGGCCAACGACAACGAGUGGACGGCUUACCACCACGACACCACGGCCAACGUCGAGUGGACGGCUUACCACCACGACACCACGACAAACAACAAUAACAACGCCACCCGUACCCCGAGGCGCAUGUGUAGUGGAUGGAAGGAUAUACUUGGACGGUUCCUCAAUCAGUAGGGAUUCAGAGAAUUGCCAUGGACGUGUUUGCAUGGGAGGCUCUGUCACAUUUUGGGAUGACAGGUGUUUUCUCAACGGUCAGCCGAAAUGCAAUGGUCAACUAGUGGACAUCCCGGGCCAGUGCUGCCACAAGUGUAUCGAGGUCACCACUACACUCACUACUGCACCGAGACAGUAGUGGGCGGAACAAAGAGUGUUGCCCAGAUGAACAAUCAUGCAAUAUUUGUGAAGUUUAUUUUUGUGGAUUUUUUUACGUAUAUUAUUUCAUACAAACAAGUGUUUGAAAAAAGCAAACACAACACAUAACAGUCAUAGAUGUUAAUAGGACAACUGUUUAAAUUUGCUUUCCAGGAAAACAAACAAUACAUGCCAAAUGUUACUUAAAAGAAUAUUGUGAACAUAACAUAUAAGCUAAUUCAAACCUUUUCAAAAUAAAAAGUGUUCUUUCUAUA